AUGACAAGUAAGAAAGUGCAAUCCCCCAAGGAGGAAAGCAUUGCCAAAAUGCUUAUUUGCAAGGUUCAUAUUGGAACAAAGAACUUAGAAAAUAAAAUGAAAAGGUAUGUGUAUACAAGAGCAAAGGACGGUGUGCAUAUAAUAAAUUUGGCUAAAACUUACGAGAAGUUACAGCUAGCUGCAAGAAUUAUUGUAGCAAUUAACAAUCCAGCAGAUGUUGUUGUAGUAUCAGCUAGACCAUUUGGAAGUAGGGCUGUUUUAAAGUUUGCACAAUACACAGGUGCUCAAGCAAUUGCGGGAAGAUGGACACCUGGUAUGUUAACAAAUCAAAUUAUUCAAAAAUUUACGGAACCAAGAUUAUUAAUUGUAACAGAUCCAAGAACAGAUGCACAGUCAGUUAAAGAAUCAGCAUAUGCAAACAUACCGGUCAUUGCAUUAUGUGAUUCAGAUUCACCAUUAGAACAUGUAGAUAUAGCCAUCCCAUGUAACAAUAAAGGAAAGGAAUCCAUUGCACUUAUGUAUUGGCUGUUAGCACAAGAAGUUCUAUAUCUGAAAGGAACCUUACCCAGAUCUAAACCUUGGAAGGUUAUGGUCGACAUGUUCUUAUGGAGAGAUCCUGAACAAUUUGAAUUAAAAAAUCUUGCAAUCGAGGAAUCUACUCCUGCAGCUCCUCAUUUGGCUGAAAACCAACUUGCAACAGAUGCUCCAUAUGAAGAAUGGAAUAAGAAGGAAGAAUGGAAUGAUAAUGCCAAUGAGGAGUGGAAAAAUCCAAUUGCCGCUGAUGAAUGGUAA